AUGGCUCAAGGCCAGGUCAAAGACUCGGACAUCUUAGUCCUUAUCGCGGCGAUCCAGAGCUCGGUUGGUCCAAUACAGGUCGACGCCGAAAAGGUGGCAAGGCAAUUGGGCAUGAGCUUGUCCAGUAUUCCCCCGAAGUUCACAGCAAUUCGCAAGAGAUACAAUAUCGACAUCAAAGUGGUCAACUCUGGCGCUCUGCAGAGAAACAGACCCAACAACAGUCCGAAGAAAAGACAGACUACUGGUACCAAUGGACCAAGGCUCAUCAGAAGCAUCAACCCACAAGCCCAGCAGCUUGAUCGACCAGCUAUCGUGCCACAGACCCAGGUGUAUCCGAGGUGCGAGAUGGAGCAGGCUGGGCAAGGAUUAUGA